AUGGCUCCUGGUAUAGACCAUGAAGGAUACAGCUUCGGCGAGCCUGUCAAUGCGACGACAGUCGUUGUUGUCGGUGCAGGGCCGUCUGGUUUGAUGCUCGCAUGCAAUCUCGCUCGUUUUGGCAUUGAUGUCGUUAUUCUUGACGAUCGCCCUGAUAAAACCUCCACUGGGAAGGCAGAUGGCAUGCAGCCCAAGACCAUCGAAACAUUCAAGCAAAUGCGACUGGCAGAGCCGUUGCUGAAGAAUGCAGCUCGUGUAUAUGAUAUUUCAUUUUGGCAAUCCACAGCAGACGAGCCCCUCCGGCGAACAGGUCGUCAAACACAUUAUCCCGAGCAUCUCGUUGGAGCAUCCGACCCCUAUAUCCUCUUAGCUCACCAGGGAAUGAUUGAAGAGAUUCUGAUUGAUGAUAUGGAGUCGCGAGGUGUAUUCGUAACCCGAAAUGCCCGCUUCUCGUCCUGUUCAACGACUGGACCAGGUCAGCUAGAGGUGGCAUAUGAAGACUUAUCAACCAAUACGAUCAAAACCAUCCGAGCUGAAUAUCUAGUCGGAUGUGAUGGUGCACGAUCAAAAGUGCGAACGUUCAUCCCGGAUGCUGAGCUCGAGGGUGAGAUGACCAACGCGUCAUGGGGUGUUCUAGACGGUGUGAUUGAUACCGACUUCCCUGACCUGUGGAGCAAGGUAGCGGUUCGCACCCAUACUGCUGGGUCGAUACUCUGGAUCCCUCGAGAACGCAACAUGACACGAUUGUAUGUCGAACUCAGCGCGACCGAUGGAGAGCGAGUGGACAAAGCGAAGGCCACAACCGAAUAUGUCAUGCAGCGCGCAAAGGAGGCAAUGCACCCAUUCAAGCUUGAAUGGAAGACAGUGGAAUGGUUCGGAAACUACGUGGUCGGUCAACGAGUCGCGAAGCAUUUUAUGGAUCCUGAUGCCCGAAUCUUCAUCGCCGGUGACGCCGGUCAUUGUCACUCAGCUUUGGCAGCUCAAGGCGCCAACACAAGCAUGCACGAUAGUUUCAAUCUGGCAUGGAAGCUCAAUCUCGUGAUUCGAGGACUAGCCAAGCCAUCUUUACUAUCCACCUAUGAGGAAGAGCGACGCAAGAUUGCCAAUGAUUUGAUCAAUUUCGACGUGGAGCAUUGCAAAGCUUUUGAACAAGGGGAAGCAGCGUUAGCAACUAAUUUUAACGACAACAUCCGAUUCAUCUCUGGCGUAGGAGCUGAGUACUCUACUGGCAUGUUAAAUCGGGCUAGCAAUGGGCUAUCUACACCUCUCCAGCCAGGUGAACUACAGCUUCCCGGCAAAGUAACAAGAUACGUUGAUGCGAAUCCAGUGGAUAUUCAACUUGAUAUUCCUCUCCUGUGUCAAUUCCGCAUCUAUCUUUUUGUUCCGGAUGUUCCAUCCUCGUUGAAGUUCUUGGCCACUCUUUCUGAAGACUUGGCCAAUCUGAAUGGGCUUGGAAAGCGAUCUACUGGAGCAAAGCAGUCUUAUAUUAAGAAGCCCCUGGGACUGUCUCCGGCAGAUGAGUUCAUCUCGCCGCAAAGAUAUACUACUGUGUCAAAUGUUUUUACCUACGCGAUGGUGACUCAGUCUGCCAGAUCAGACUUCGAGAUUGCAGAUUUGCCCAAGUUAUUGCAGGACAGUCGGUGGACAUUGUAUCUUGAUACAAAUGCGACAGAAAGGUGGUUUGGAAAGCUGAAGAAGGAACAGGUUGGAGUCGCGAUUGUGCGUCCAGAUGGAUAUUGUGGAAGCAUUGGCACAUGGGGACUGGAAGAGGCAGAUCAGACCAGAAGAUGGAUAGAAGAAUACUUUGAGUUUAUGCAGUGGUAA